AAUUACCACAUAUAGAACGUGUACUGGGAUAUUAUCUUGAAAACCAGAAUAAGAUUUAAUGUCAGAUGAAAUUUGACUGAUUUUUAUCUUUAAAUAAUCUAAAAAACAGAUUAAUUAUUAUUUAUCAAAAUAAUGAUAUUGUUUUAUAACUCAAGGCAAAAAGUUAUUUUUAUACGUAAUCAGAUUACUUCCUAGUUUACCUUUCGACAAAAGAGAAACGCUCUGCUUUGCACAUAAAAUAAACGGAAGCACAAACAUUACAAUUGCAUUGAUAACAAAGAUGAACUGAACUGGCUGUUACCUCCGGUACCAUAAGCUAAUUGUUAGUUUAUGAAAAUGGAAAACAUAGAAGAGAAGUUAGAUUGCCCGAAACCAACCAAAAAUAAAACCUACAAAGAGCUGAGCCAAAAUGGACACAGUGGGGUGCUUAUGCAAAAAGAUACAAAGUUUUUCAACUGCAUACCAUGUUGGAACAAGAAAUUCGUUGUGGUAUCUGAAAGUUGUGUGUAUCUUUUCAAAAAUGAAAAUGAUCGUUCUUAUGAAAAAGCAUUUUCGUUAUUUGGUUACAGACAGGUUGCAAGAGCUGAUGAAGCAUCCACAAAAUCUGGCCCAUUCCCUUUUAAGAUUUCCUACACUUUGGAUGAAGUGGAAAAGUUUAAGUACUUCAGCGCAUUAGAUAACAAUGAAAGAAACGUUUGGAUGAAAGUGUUGAAAAAAGAAUUGGUUAAAGCACACAAACUGAGUUCUUUUGAAACAAUGUCGACGACAUCAAGUGACAGUGGGAUAUUUGACACAGAAACACCAAUAUCGACAAGCGAUUACUUUGAUCGCUAUAAACGGAGGAGUGACCUACACGCCGAUGAUUCAGAUUUAGAAAGAGAAUACUCGUACAUAACAGAACAUGAUGUGAAACCGAUCAUUAAAAAUAAACCGAAUUCAUGUUCGAUGACUAUGUCUCCUCCAGCGAGGAUUUUCGAUAAUAAAACAAGAAGCGUCGGAGGGAGCAGCAGCAGCAGCAGGGUGCCACCGCCCCUGCCUCCAUUCAUCUUACCGGACUCACCAACUUUUAAAUCUCCAAUCAAAAAAUCAACAUCCAAUCAAAUCAAUCGACCUGAUCCAUCAACGAGAAAUGCGCCAGGUGAAAAUACGUCUACGACGCAAAAUGCAGAAAGUUCGAAAAUAAGGUUUCCUGUCAGCGAAAAACUAAAUUUUGAGAAGCAAGCCAGAUGGGACGGCCAUGCAGCCGAAGGAAAAAAAUAUUUAGUACAAUAUGGAGCAGAAGGAACAUACAUGAUCAGAAAAAGCGAAAAAAAUUUUGAUGUUUUAGAAGUCAUAUCUGAGUAUCAACCAAGGAAAUUCAAAAUUUUUCAAGGCGAAAAUUAUGUAACACUAGAUGGCGAGAAAAAAUUUGAUUCGACCAACAAAUUGAUCCUUCAUUACAAAAACAACGACCUGCCAAAGAGAAGAACGAAACUCACUUGUCCGAUCAGCGAAAGAUUGCCAGGAUAGCACUGCAGCGCGUAGAACUUCAUGAACAUUUGAAUUUUUUGAGUUUUAAAAUUAUUUUCUUGCAAUAACUAGUUAUUUAUUAAAUUUGUUUAUAUAUAAACUUUUCUUGUCAAAACCGAGGUAAACAACCGAUUAUUCGUACCGCUUAUGUUCAGCUGUGAUUCAUAUUCUAUAGUGGAUAAUGCCAUCGUCAAAAUUUAGAAAAAUUUGACAAACAUAGUUACAGAAAACCAUAGCCUGUAACCUAUAUAGAAAACUUGUCCAAAAUUGAUAGACUUGAAAUCGUGCUCUACAAAUAUAAAAAUUCUUAUUAUAUAUUAAAUACCUAUUUAUAAUAUUAUAUAAUUUAAUUUAUUUAUAUGAUUGUACAAUACCCACGCGGUUUAUCACGUUUUGAAGCUUCUUACGCUCAA